UCACGCGUCGCCGCGCAUUUCCCGGCGUGCCCCGCGGCGGCGGAGGGGGAACAAGAUGGAGGCGCACGGCGAAGAGGGGGAGGCCCCGUCGCCGCCCCCCGGGCCCGGAGGCGGUGUGAACGUCUUCGCUAAUGACGGCAGCUUCCUGGAGCUGUUCAAGCGGAAGAUGGAGGCGGAACAGCAGCGGGAACGCGAAGCGGCGGCUGCGGCCGAGGCUACCGGAGGGGCCGGGCCUGGCCCGCACCGCUCGGCCGAUGGAGCGAAGAGGAGCGGCGGCGCUCUCGGCUUCGUGGGCAGGCGGCGAGGGGGGAACAAGCUGGCCCUGAAGACCGGCGUGGUGGCAAAGAAGCAAAAGACCGACGAGGAGGUUUUGACGAGUAAAGGCGACGCCUGGGCCAAGUACAUGGCAGAGGUGAAGAAGUACAAAGCGCAUCAGUGCAGUGAUGACGACAAAACGCGGCCCCUGGUGAAAUAACCGCCCCCCCUGGACAUAAUUACUGUACAUAAUUAAUUAUUUAAGGGCGCAGGCGGCUCCUUCCCGGCGUUUUUAUAUGUACAAAUAUAUAUAUCCCCACUGCACCCCAGGACUCUGCCGCCUGCGAUGCCUCGGGGAUGGGGAGGGGAGGGGCACAGACCCCUGCCCGCUGCUCACCCUCUCUGCAGGACCCCACUGCCACAUUCCCCCCCCUCCCCCUGCCCGACUCCAUUUUGGGGUUAAAAGUGGAGAAUUGGGGGAGGCUGAGGGGAGAGGCGCUGCUGUUGCUUCAUUAAAGACCUCGGAGGUUUUGGAGA